GAGUAGUCUAGACCUCCUACCUCCUCAACAGUAGAUGCUACUGCUGUUUUCAUGCCACAGCAGCCCUGUGCGUGUUCCCGCUCCGUCGAGCACGCCCCCGCCCAGUAGCAGCGUGCACAUCGUGUGCGCGCAGGACCCUUCCCUAGACUACAAGACAGUACCAAACCCAGCCUGGAGCCUGACGCAGGGUAGCGCACCCAGAGAACAGAGAGAGAGAGAGAGAGAGAGAGAAGAUGGACGGAGUGGGAUCGUUCGGAGCGGGCCUGGCGGGUGCUGCCUUCGACCCGGUUUCCUUCAUCAAGCAGCCGACCACCAUCCUCAGGGUCUUGUCAUGGGUAUUCUCCCUGGUGGUGUUUGCCUCUAUAGUGAACGAGGGCUAUGUGAACCUGGGUAGUGAACGUCUCCACUGUGUGUUCAAUAAGAACGCUGAUGCGUGUAACUACGGAGUGUUCUGUGGUCUGGUGGGCUUGUUGCUGUGCUCCUUCUUCUUCCUGUUGGAUGUGAAGUUUCAACAGAUCAGCUCUAUUAAGGACAGGAAGAAGGCUGUGAUGCUGGAGGUCGGGGUAUCAGGUUUCUGGACGUUCCUGUGGUUUGUGAGUUUCUGUUUCCUGGCCAAUCAGUGGUCUAGGACCGCCCCUGAGGACCUGCCACUCAACCAGGGGGCUGACGCAGCCAGGGCCUCUAUCGCCUUCUCAUUCUUCUCCAUCCUCACCUGGGCUGGUCUGACUGUGCGUGCAGUGCAGAAAUAUCUCCUGGGAACAGACAUGACCCUCUUCACCACCGACCAUCUGGACGGAGUCGCCCCGGUAACACCAUACCCCCCCACCACCACCGGGGGCGCCAUCGAGCCCAGCGACAACUACCAGAGCCCCCCGUUCACAGAGGGGCUGGAAGCCCCUGCCCCCACAUACCAGGUCCCCAUAUACUAGUCCCUCCCUGUCCCCACAUACCAGGACCCCAUAUACUAGUCCCUCCCUGUCCCCACAUACCAGGUCCCCAUAUACUAGUCCCUCCCUAGUCCCCACCUCCCUGUCCCCCUAGUCCCUCCCUGUCCCCAUAUACCAGGUCCUAUCCACUAGAGAACAUAGUGCUGGAAGCGCUGAAGGGGACCUAGUUACAUGUACAGUCCCUCCAUGGUAAUGUUUUUAAGGGGAUGUUCUGUUCUUGGGUUCGGUGUUAUCUGCAUGUUCUGUAAGACUGACUAAGUGCCAAACUGUCUUGUGUGUCUGACAGUGACUGUAGAUAGUAACUUUCACCACUAUGAUGUUAACGUGACCAAGUGCAAUAUCUCCCUCCACCCAGUAGCCACUCUGCCGACCAGUCAUACACUAUUCCCUAUGUAGUGCAUUAAUGAUGGCCAGCUGAGCCUUUACCACCAGUGCACUUUGUAAGGUAAUAGUGGUUUCAGAUGCGCCCUAAACUAAUGUGUGCAAACAUCACAGAAGAUUCUGGCUUGUUUAUGUUUACAUUCUAGAAGUGGUUUGUUUACGUUCUAGAAGUGGUUUGUUUACGUUCUAGAAGUGGUUUGAUUACAUUUAGAAGCUAUUUAUUUACGUUCUAGAAGCUGUUUGUUUACGUUCUAGAAGUGGUUUGUUUACAUUUAGAAGCUGUUUAUUUAUGUUCUAGAAGCUGUUUGUUUACAUUCUAGAAUCUUUUUAUGUUUCUUUUCUAGAAACUGUUUGUUUACAUUCUAGAAGCUGUUUGUUUGCGUUCUAGAAGCUGUUUUUACGUUCUAGAAUCUUUUUAUGUUUCUUUUCUAGAAACUGUUUGUUUACAUUCUAGAAGCUGUUUGUUUACGUUCUAGAAGCUGUUUUUACGUUCUAGAAUACUUUUAUGUUUCUUUUCUAGAAGCUGUUUGUCAUUCUGGAAGCUGCCAAACUGCCCUGCUAGUUGUCUUCCUUCACAGAGCAUCAGUCAGUCAGCUACCCAGAGAUAAAC